AUGGCUCAUGAUGCGGGAUAUCGGACUAUACCAGUAACAACAGCGAAUGCAAGGAAAACGUAUAUUCAAAGUGCAGAUCGAUUUAGUGAUCAUAUAUUAGACAUAGCAGACGAUACGACACAGGCUGAGCCAGGGCAAAUAAGUGCUGCUCGUAACAUUAAACAAAACAGCGAUAGUCAUUCAAAUGUAGACUAUGAUUACAGACGAAAACAACGUUCCGUUAUUUAUGAUAGUCCUCAAUCGUCACCAAGGGAAAGAUUAAGAGUUUCCAGUCUCUUAGAACGCGAAGAUCAAAUGUCGCCAACAAUAACAUCGUCAACAAUAAAAAAAUCAAAAAUUGUUAAAAAAUCCUAUGAUGAAUAUUCAAUGGAGUCUUUUGACGAACAACUACCACGAACUCGAUCAAAAAUUAAUGAUAGUUCAUAUAAGCAAGUUGUGAGAAAGAAAAAAAAUUAUGAUGAACAUGAUGCAAGCAAUAAUGGUGGUCUGAUCUUUCGCUACAGUACUGAAAGAAACAUGCCAAAGGAUUCAGUUACUGAUCAUAUUUCUGUUUAUGGUGAUUCUGGUGCGGCAAAAUUUGAGCUUUGCCGCGAGGAAGAACAACAUACAACAAGGACAAUACGUUAUUCGGAUAAUGACCGUAUUGGUAGCGAUCGAAUCAUAAUAGUACCAGACUCAUCAGUACAAGAUGCUGAUGAGCGAAAACACGAAACAGUAAUAUAUACGGAAAAGGCUGAGACACCGACGGCGCCACGUGAUGAUAUAGCAAAAGUUGAUUUGGAGACUUUAUACAUAGUUGAACGAAGGAUUCAACUGCCGCGAGAACGAUCGCCAGAGCGUAUGCAGACACCACCUAUUGAUCGGCAUGUUCCUGAAACAAUAAUAGAAAAGCGAGAAGAACGAAUACCAGGUGAAACAAUUCGUAUUGAAGAAAAACGGGUUGAUCAGUAUGAUGGUAAACGAUAUGAUGGUGGUGAACAAUAUGCUCGUCAACAGUACUGUCGUCAACGUUAUGGUGGUCAACAGCGUUAUAAUCAACAGUAUGGUGGCCAAGUGUAUGGUGGUAAACAAUAUGAUCUUACUCGUUUGCCACACGAUUUAAACUAUUGGAAUAUUAUGAAUAUAGCUAACCGUGAAGUACGAUGCGGUCGAGCAGUGGAUGAUUCAAUCUUGCCACCCAUACCGCCAUUAACAGGCAGAGAGUGUCGUCUAACAGCUACACAAAUUCUUUCCCCACAAUAUAAUUCACGCAGUCAUACGGACAAUGCAUUACGCCAGUUUCUUACUCACAAUCAACGUGCACAAAAUGAAUCAAGAAGAUAUUUAGAAUCACUUGGAGUUGAGAGUAACAGACAUGUUGUGAGACCACGCAAACAACCAGAAAGACGUUUUUCCACUGAGACAUUAGUACGUUAUGAAAAACUGCCUGAUCGUGUUAGAUCAGUUGUUCAAACAGUUCAUCGAUAA